GCCGCGCCUCCAAGCAAAGUGAGGCGGUGCCGAACGGUGUUGACUAUUACUAUUAUCAGUGUCAGCCGCCGUCCCAUGUUCCUGCUCGUCCUCCUCCAGGUGCUCGGGUUCUUGCCCCCUACUUACCCCUAUGAACCGUUGUUACCUCCCUUACCAUCGGUACCAAGAGCAAGAAGAGUACGAAGUCUUGGGCCCCCACAGCCGGGUUUGGCGAUGCAACCUCUUCCUGAGUCCCAAUAUGCACCUCCGGCGCAGCGACUUUCAAGUCGCAAGCGCAAAGUGGGUCUGGACGAAUUCAAGAUCAUGGUUGUUCUGAUCAAGAGUUGUAUGGCAUCAAGGCGCUCAAUAAGAUUGUCAUUGAUGACGAUUGAAGUCUAGAGGUAUGUCUAAUCUAGGCGAAACGAGCAUUCUUGCUGCCGCUCGCGAACGACACUCCUUCCUGCCUGGCUUGCACUCGUGUUUCCAGACUGACACGUG